AUGGAUACUUAUAACGAUCUUUUCGAGAGCGCUCAUAGUUUAAUGAAAACUUGUGAUGAGGCAAGUAUUGAAAACUAUAAUGAAGACAAUGAUAAUGAAGACAAUUAUUCAUUACAAUUUAAUCUUGAUUCAAUUACCAUUGGAGGUUACAAAUCCAAAAAGUUUGUACCUAUAACUGUAUCUUUUAACCCAGAAAAUGAUGCAAUUUGUUUUGAACUUGAUUGUGGGCGAUUAGAUAUUCAAUUUAUGGGUGUUGAAUCUUAUGAACGAGAUAAUCGAAGGAUUUGUCUGAAACUACGAAAUGAUAUAGUUAAAUGGAUCUUGCCGGUCCAAACAAUGAUUACUGAAAACGAAAUUGCAAUCUCUAUUGAUCCCACUUGUGGUGAAUUAUUAAAGGCAGAUAAAAUUGUUAUGUUCAUUGCAGAUUAUGAAAAAGUAUCAAUUUUGGAUGAGGAAUUUCGUCGUAUUCAAGGAAAAGCGUUUUAUUCGACUUCGCUCGCCUUUCAAUUUCAAAAAGGAGAUGAAGAGAUCGAGGUUAUAGUUGAAUAUAAAUCCAUCCGUCAUUUUCACUAUAUCCCUCUUGAAAUGAAUUUUACUCAAUUUCUCAUAAUUCUACGACGGGAGUUUCGUUCGCAACAAAUUCAACCACCAUUACGAUAUGUACCGGGUCGUUCUGGGGUUGUUUGUAUUUAUAAUGAGGGAGAUUGGUGCUGUUAUAAAUUAGAGGCUGCAAAGAGGCAACGUGGGAAAAAGGAAAUUUUGGACGUGUUCUUAGAUGAAUAA